CUCUAUCUCAAUCUAUCAUCAACAUAACAUAGCCCGCGCCGAGUGACCCACCUUCCGCCCCGCCACCAACAUCACAUAUGCAUCUCCAAAAAUCCUAACUCAACUCCCAAAUUUCUUCCCGUACUGUAUCUCAUGAUAACUACAUCAGUUUAUGCGAAAUCUUACUAGCUAUAGGUGGAUGCUCUUCUCUAUCUUACUUUAAGUUAAUGAUUAAUCCAUUAGGAAAGGGGGUCUAGUCUAGUUGGACUCACUCAUGAAUAUAUAUGGUAUAUCGGUACGCUUACUAUGAGUACGUACCUAGGUAUGGUAUAUCCAAUUUUCUGGGUAAAUAACCUUAUGCAAUGGGGCUGAAUAUUCUGUCUGUGUCAUGUUUGAUGAUGUUGGUGAAUAAGGCUGAUUGGAGAUCUAGCCCUCUUUUAGUAUCGCGGGUGGAUUGGGAAGAUAUGCUUACAGAAUGUCUACCCUCCAAUAGAAUUCAAUAUCGACCAUCUUUUUUGGGUUUAUUUCUUAUUGAAGAACCAUUUUCCAGAUCCCUGUUUGUAAGCUCCAUGCUGAAGCACUGGUCGAAAAAGGAGAAUUGAUAGAAUCUCUGGAUUUGGUGCAGUCGUUCAAUCUACUCCAAUCGUGUAGCUGGUUUUUAAAAUGAAUAGCUGCUCUUCAGCCUUAAAAAGAAUUGGCGUGUAUGUAUGCCUUCGUCCUCCCUGAAGUGUAUUAGAGGGAAUUCGAGAGGUGGAAUGAUAUAAAUGUGAGGUUCUUGCCAUCCAAUGUGAGAUAAUAUCAUUCAUCCUGUUCUGUUGAAGUUGUAUAACUAGAUUAAGUUCUUGGACCAUUUCCGUGUACCUUUAUUAUCAUAAUCUCUUUGAGUACUCUGUUCUAUACAGCACUAGCUGUGUCAUGGCAUCUCCCUCCAUCAAGAAUGUGCAUUUCGUGGGUAGCAUCUGUCUCCCUGACACAUCCACCAUAUUUCGCACAUUCAAUACCACACUUCCCACCCAAUUAAAGCGUAUUCCUGACGGCGAGCCCGGGAAUCGAGGGAACUUUGUCCACUGGCAACGAAGCGUUUUCUACAGAUACCCUUACUUGGUCCGCUCUCUAUAUUUCUCUCUAGCAAAGGAUCUAGGACCGAUCCCUAUUUCCCCGGAGAAAAUUCAACUCAUGCCUAGCGGAUAUGACGGUGCAGCCAUCAAUUCAUAUGCUACAUUCUGUAGACUUCGAGAUGAUGCUACUAUACCGAUGGGAGUGAAAUUCCAGGUUUCGCUUCCUACACCGAUUAAUGUUCUUCAUGUAUCGAUAGAGCCUGCUUUUCAAGAAGCGCUUGAACCGGUCUAUACAAAGGCUUUUUUGAAAACUGUUCGUCAUAUUCAAGAAGAGAUUCCCACAGAAGAUUUAGCAAUUCAGUGGGACGUUGCUGUGGAGUUUGCAUUUCUGGAAGGGAUCGUAUCACCUCCACCACAUGUAAGUACAGUUGAUUGUUUAUUCCAUGCUCCUAGUUCCGCUGGCUCUGUAGGAGCCAAUCAUCUCCCGUUUCGACCUACUGGACAAGUACUAACUCAAUGUUCCAGUGGAUCAUGGCCUUGCAAGACAGUAUCGUCAAUCGCGUUCUUCAAUUGGCGGAUGCUAUAAAUCCAUCCAUCGAACUGGGCUUCCAUUUCUGCUACGGUGAUCUUGGACAUCAACACUUCACGCAGCCGAAAGACAUGAGCCUAUUAGUCGAUACUGCGAAUCGAGUCUUGAGCGGCACAAGAAAGAGAAGAUCUGUGAAUUGGGUUCAUAUGCCUGUACCCAAAGAUCGUAUUGAUCGCGAGUAUUUUGAACCAUUGAGGGACUUGCAAAAGAAUGACACAGAGUUGUAUCUGGGACUUUUGCAUCAGGAUGACCUUGACGGAACGAAAAUCGGAAUAGAAGGGCAAGUGAAUUUGUGAAAGAUUGUGGUAUCGCGACAGAGUGUGGUCUAGGCCGUGCGGAUGCGGCAGAGUUGGAGAGUGUUUUGGAGAUUGCAAGGAGAUUACAGAAGAACAAAAUGAAGGUGUUAAAUGUGAUAUAUAAAGGUAAGUGAAGAAUGAUUGUUUUGGUGAUAUGUAGAUAUUACAAAUAGCAGGGCUUGACUUCAAACACUACAUAUUCGUAUGUUUAGUUUAGUACUUGUACACCAAACAGAUCAUUGUUUGAAUUCGAGUUUCUUUAUGAGACAUGGAUCGAAGAAGGUUGAAAGACCGCUUGUUUGGUAUUGUACACAUGACGAAAAAGAUAUGUUCCAUUGACCAGCAGAUACUCAAGUUUUGCUUGGGAAUGGCGAGUGUGGUAAAUACAGUUAA